AUGAAAAUAAUCGAUACUCUCGAUGAAGAUAAACAAUGGGCAGCGCUUCAUUAUGCUGUUGACAGUAACAAUGAGGACUUAUGUCGUAGAUUAACAUCCAAAAAAGACAAAUGUUAUAAAUUCGUUUAUCAUAAAUUAACAUGCAAAAAAAAGAAAUAUUUUAAAUGCGAUAUUAACAUUCUCGGUGGUAAUGGCGAAAAUGUUUUACAUGUAGUAUCUCAAUCGAAUUUUAUAUGGCAAGGUAUAGGAGAUGGAACCAUUACAAAAUUUCCUGAUCUGAUCAGAUUACUUGUUGAAGAACGUGGUGCUGAUGUUAAUCAUGCAGAUGAUGAAGGUCGCACACCUUUGCAUAUGGCUGCAAUGCGAGGUCGGCUUCGCUAUAUCAAGUAUUUGAUUCAUCAUGGAGCCAAAGUUGACGUAGCAUCUCAUCCAGCGAUUACAUAUUCAUCAUCAAACGAUCCAAAUGACAAGCAACUAAAAUCCAAGAAGGCUCUUAUGACAUUAUUUACUGAAAAAAUGCAAUUAUUUACUGAAAAAACAAAGGAUCAAACACAAAUUCUAGUCGUAUUUGACAUGAUUGCUCGACAACUCGAACUGAUCAAGUAUCUGAUAAAAACUGUGCGUAUCGAAGUUGAUGUCAUUGGUGAUCGACGACUCACUCCACUCCAUAUUGCUUGUAAAUAUGGACAUCUUGAUGUAGUCAAGUAUCUGAUCGAGAAGGGUGCCUCAACAACAUUACGCAACGCACAACUUCUCAAUUGCCUCGAAAUUUGUAUUGAAGAGCAGCACGUGGAAUUAGUCAAAUAUCUUUUACAGCUUCCCAAUUGGCGAGAAAUGAUGCGCAAUGCACAAAUCAUCGAAGACACUGACGCUUACGAUACACCAAUGCGGAAACUCAUUCGUUACAUGCCUGAUGUAGCUCUUUGGGUAAUUGAAGAAAAACUAACACGAAAAGUUGGUGGUGCAGGUCAAAAAGUAUCCAAGGAGAUCUACGAUUAUGAAUUCUAUGAAGACAUGAAUACAGUCAAGCAGUGGUAUGCACAAGGUGCGAAGUUACCUCCUGAAGAUAUAUCAUGCAAAGCUCGAUGCCAUAAACUCGGGGUCAGUGCCAUAUUUGGUUGUUACAUUAGUACUGGGUGUUGCAACAGAACUGUUAGUGACGAAAAUACUAAUGCUUGUGAGCCAUAUACACGUGAUGCUUACACACUUGUUCGAAAUCAUCCUCUGAUGAUAGUCUCGCAACAAUCGGCCUAUCCGCAAUUGAUGGCACAUCAAUUUCAUAUCUUGUUACGUAAAAAAAUGUUUCGACGAUUUAGCACAUUCUGGUUGGCGUUCUCAUUUCUAUUUUAUCUUAUUCUGCUUGGUUUGUGGACUGCAGUAAUUCUCAGUGGGAAACAUCCUCAGUAUUUCUAUGAUUUAGCUGGUUUCAACAUGACAUUGGAUAUCAAUACAUGUCAACAAGUUGCUAACAGUCUUGCUGUUGGUGAAAUCCCAACCUUAAUGGUUGAAGGUACUCUUUGGCGUAAUCAGAUGCUCUACGAUUUUGUGUCAGAUGGCGAAAUCUUACGUUUACAGUUUCUUCGAUUGAUGAAAUUCUUAUGUUGUUACCAACUGUAUCGAAUAUCACGUAUACGUGCUCGACCUAUUCACUUGUUAACAUUCGAUGAUAGAGCACAUGGCUGGCUUGGAAAAGCAUGGUAUUUUACAAAGAAACAUUUCUUCGAAGAAAAAAUUCAGGAUGAUGUUGAACUCAAAAUAUCAUCAAAUAAAGAUGCCAGACCAUACUGGGAAGAGAAAGAAAAUUGA